AUGAAUCCAGAUAUUCCUGAUGACAAUCCUUCCGGAGACAAUCCAGGUGGUGAUCAGAGCGGUGAUCAAGAGGGAGGUCAGACUGGACCACCUGAAGGAGGAGCUGUAGAUAGCGAACAUAACUGGAUUUCUGAUGUUGUAGACGGUGUCCAGGCCAAUAUUACGAACGAAGCAAACCGUAGUACAACUGCUGGUGAUACUACCCAGGGUGGUUCACAGUCAUCUGGAGUAUUGAACCUAGGAGGCGUAACUGACCGGAGCCGAUUGGAGGCUGAUUUUGUUGUUGACCAUGCCCGCGGGGAAAGAGCUAAUGUGGAGGAACGGGGGCACGAUUACGGGAGGAGCGCCGGGUUCGAAAGAUUUCAAACAAGGCAACCAUCAAUGAGCACUGCGACACAUAUUUUUGUGGCAUCCAACAUUUUCUGA